GGGGGACCAGCAGCUAAGCGCCCUCUUUUCCUUUCUCUCGUUCCAUUCCAUCAGUGUUGCCAGGUCCGCAGAUCUGGCAACCCUGCUUCCAUACAGAUAUAUUAGAGGCAGAGAUGGCUGACGGAGUCUGUACGCUGAGAUACGGGUAAUUUCGUAUAUCUGUAACGCCUGGUAGAUUUGACAGAUUUAUGCAUCCGAUGGAUAUGAAGGCGACGGUGAUUUGCAAGAUAAGGCAAGUUGGCAGAGGCUCUGAUGCAGGCAGUACCAUCACUGUGAACUAAUACCCGACAUAUUGCACCAAAGUAAUCCAGAAGCUGUCAAAAUGUCCAAAAGCAAGAGUUCAGAAUCAGUGAAGGUGGUGGUGCGCUGUCGCCCCAUGAAUGAUAAAGAGCAAGUUGCCAACUUUGAGAGGGUGGUCACCGUGGAUGUCAAGUUGGGGCAGGUGGCUGUGCGCAACCCUCGGGGUGCGUCCUCCCACGACCACCCCAAAGUCUUCACGUUCGAUUCUGUCUACGACUGGAACUCCAAACAGAUGGAGCUCUAUGACGAGACCUUCCGUCCAUUAGUAGACUCCGUACUGAAUGGCUUCAAUGGGACCAUUUUUGCAUAUGGACAGACCGGUACUGGAAAAACCUACACGAUGGAAGGGGUACGAAAUGACCCCAAUAGAAGAGGAGUCAUUCCCAACUCCUUUGAACACAUUUUCACGCACAUCUCCCGCUCGCAGAACCAGCAAUACUUGGUUAGGGCUUCUUACCUGGAGAUUUAUCAAGAAGAGAUCAGGGACCUUUUAUCAAAGGACCAAUUGCGUCGUCUGGAGCUCAAAGAGAGGCCCGAUACGGGCGUGUACGUUAAAGACCUCUCUUCAUUUGUCACCAAAAGUGUCCGUGAGAUUGAGCAUGUCAUGAAUGUGGGCAACCAGAACCGCUCCGUUGGUUCCACCAACAUGAACGAGCACAGCUCCCGCUCUCACGCCAUCUUUGUCAUCACUAUUGAGUGUAGCGAACUGGGUCCCGAUGGGGAGAACCACAUCCGGGUCGGGAAGCUCAACCUUGUCGACCUGGCUGGAAGUGAAAGGCAGACCAAGACCGGUGCACAGGGUGAGCGCUUAAAAGAAGCCACCAAAAUCAACCUCUCCUUGUCCGCUUUGGGUAAUGUCAUCUCAGCCCUGGUGGAAGGAAGAAGCACCCACAUCCCGUACCGUGACUCCAAACUCACAAGACUUUUACAAGAUUCCUUGGGCGGAAAUGCCCGUACGGUCAUGGUUGCCAAUAUUGGACCAGCCUCCUACAACCUAGAUGAGACUUUGACAACGCUCCGCUAUGCCAACCGUGCUAAAAACAUUAAGAAUAAGCCCCGGGUCAACGAAGACCCAAAGGACGCUCUUCUUCGAGAGUUUCAGGAGGAGAUCGCCCGCUUGAAAGAACAGCUGGAGAAAAGAUCUGGCAAGAAGAGGAGAAAGAGGAGGAGAAUGAGGGUCGGAGAGGGAGGAGAAGAGUUGGAUGAUGGGGAGGAUGAUGAUGAUGAGGAGGAGGAGGAGGAUGAUGAUGAUGAAGGAAUGGAUGGGGAUAAGAGCAUUACGGAUUAUUGGAGGGAGCAGCAGGACAAGCUAGAAAAGGAGAGGAGAGCCAUCAUGGAGGAUCACAGCCUGGUCGCCGAGGAGAAACAAAGGCUGCUUAGGGAGAAGGAGAAGAAGAUGAAUGAUCUUCGUAAGGAAAAGGAGGCUUCCGAGAUGCUGUCAGCCAAAGUUAAAGCCAUGGAGAGCAAGCUGCUGGUUGGAGGAAAGAACAUCGUGGACCACACCAAUGAGCAACAAAAGAUCCUGGAGCUGAAGAGACGGGAGAUAGCAGAACAGAAAAGGCGUGAAAGGGAGAUGCAGCAGGAGAUGGACUGUCGUGAUGAAGAGACGCUUGAGUUGAAAGAGACAUACAGCUCACUGCAGCAGGAGGUGGACAUCAAAACCAAGAAACUUAAAAAGCUGUUUUCAAAGCUGCAGUCAGUGAAGGCGGAGAUUCAGGACGCUCAGGAUGAGCAUGUUAAAUACAGACAGGAGCUGGAGCAGACGCAGAAUGAGCUGACCAGAGAACUCAAACUCAAACAUCUGAUCAUAGAGAACUUCAUCCCACUGGAAGAGAAAAACAAGAUUUUGACGAGGGCCGUUUUUGAUGAGGAAGACGACAUCUGGAAGAUGACGCCCAUCACUCGGAUUCAGAAUGAUCAGCAGAUGAUGGAAAGGCCGGUUUCUGCAGUCGGGUACAGCAGGCCUCUGAGUCAGCAUGCCCGCAUGGCCAUGUUGAUGCGACCUGAUGUCAGAUACAAGGCUGAAAAUAUCUUGCUGUUGGAGCUGGACCUGCCCACACGAACCACUAAAGACUACGAGGGGCCGGUUAUAGCGCCUACAGUCGCUGCAGCUCUGGAAGAUGCUCUGAGGGAGGAAGACGAGAUCCAGGUGGACGCCUCCGGCUUCCAUUCCAGCCUGGGUUCAGGUCCCGGCCUGUGUGCUUCUGCAGCUGGGUUCUCCAAGAAACCAAAGUCUGGCCGCCCCAAAACUGGCAAGAAGGCGAGCACCCCCACAUCAGCUCACAGCCCGUCGUCUGGCUCGGGGUCCCCUCUGUACCCGCAGUCCCGCGGGCUUGUGCCCAAGUGAAACCGCUUGUCUGUGAAACCCUCCACCCGUCCCCCGAUGCCGGUUGAUUGCAACAGUGUUCUCUAUUCUGGGGACCAAAAGAGUCACAAACUGCAACGGGAAAGUUUGAAGGGAAGUUAAAUGAAAUGAAAUGGAUGUAGUAUGCACUUAAGCAAAAUGUAAUGUGUUUUGUAAUGAGGCGAUUAGAAAGGUUGAGACAACAAAUGGUCCAGACAUUGUGCCCAUGUGUGUUAUAUACCUGUCGUUUGUGGGAAAUGUUUUAUGUGGGUGCAAGAAUGCCUAGUUGUAAUUUGGUUCUGGAUAUUUAUGCUGGUUUUGUCCACACAAGCACUGUAUUGUUAUCUGACAAGAGAGUAAGGGUGUUACGUCAUUGGCCAGGUCCCAAAACAAUCUCCAAAACUAUUUGAAAGGCGCAAGGCUGUGAGAAGAGGUCGGAGAGAUGUUCUUCAAUAGGCUGCUGUUGCAGUCAGCGCUGUAUCCAGUAGAUACUGUGUUUUUUCUUUGGGAGAGGUGAGGUUAAAGGUUAUUGUGCUCCAAGCAUAUCAGGGUUCUAAGGUGCCUUAGAUUCUCAUUUAAUAUGAAAGUCAAUUGAACUGAGAGUCCCUUGACCUGAUCGCUGAAUAUUUCAAGUGAAAAGCCCAGUUCGUGACAUGCCUCCUUCAAACUUUUUUUGUUGUAUUUAGCGGGUUUGUAUUUAAUAUCCAUUUUUACACAUUGUUUGCAAACAAACAAUAGACUUGGUUUCACAAUCUUAAGAAAAUAAGUCUUAAAAGUAAUACGUGGAUUGUCCCUCCUUUAACUUUCCCUUGAUGGUAAUACCAUUGCCUGCUGCUACUGUAGGGUUCUUUUACCCCUUGUGACAAACAUACAGUUUAUGUAUAUUAAGACGUGUAGGUCAAUAUUUCUGCAUUAUCAUUUGCAGCUGUCUUAAAAGAAUAAAUGCAUUCUUAGAGUAACAUGUAAAAGGCUAAUUUAUUACAGCAGCACAGUUUUCUAAGCAAAAUUGAAGAUACGUUUAUAAUGGUCUUAUUUUCUUUGUUUAGAUUUGUACAGUAUUGUUUAUUUUUGAAUGAAUUAUUUAAAGUUCUGUACAAAUUUAUUUUUUGCAUACAAGAUUUAAGUUUCAUUUUAACUAGCUUCGAGUCAUUUCUGCUGCAUCAUCAAAUAUUAAACACACAGCUUGUAAGAAUCUGUAUUUCAAAUCCUGAAGCUAGUAUACAGUAUAAUAUUUGGUCAGUAAAUUGGCCCUACGCUUUAAACAUUUAUAAUAAUAAAUUUUGAAUUUUAUAAUUGAACUAUGUAAUAUUUAUAUUCGACUCCUCCAGACUGUACUGAUAUUGUAGAUUAUUCGUUGUUGUUGUUAUAUAAAGGUAAAAUAUUGAUGAGCGUGACUUAAAAAUACAUCAAAAACAUUACAGGCUGAAUGAAAUUGCAUGUUAGCAGUCCAAUAUUCAAAACAUUCUUAACGUUUGUCCAUUAUAUCCAGUAAAGCAUGAGUUCAAAGAUUAAGGCUUUAUAAGCAACCACUCGGAAAACAUUUUUGCACUUUUUUUCUACCAAAAUGUUUUUGAAUAAAAACUAGUUAUUUCAGUUUAGAAUGCAAUAC